GGGAAACAGAAAAUCCACCGCAGUUGAUAUCUCACCGUGUCGUUGUAAGGACGCUGUUCUGCACACUUGCACAAAAUUUCGCGACUAGACACGUGUCGAAGUGCUCGUAACAAAAACACUGCCGAUUUUACAAUACUUACCCUGAAACACCCACAAAAAGCAAUACUCAAAACACAACUGAACAAAAAAAAAUAAAGGGGUGCGUUAUUCAAGUUGCAAAUUCUCUUCAGCUGUGUGCCAGACAGCUUGACCCAGCUCCUUUGAUAAAGCCAUGUGUAAUACAUUUUACAACAAAGUCCUAGAAAUCGAGUAACUUUAAACCAACAGUGAGUUUACUUAUCACUACGUGUCUUAACCGGACGAUAAAUUCCCACACCGCUCGAUCAAUUAAUUGGAAUCGAAUCCGGGUCUUGUAUUUGUUCAAACACAUUCAAGUGAUGUCAUGUUGUGAAGAUGCAGCUUGUUCCCAUGCUUUGGUUGCUGCAGCAACAAAAGAAGCAACUAGACUGUCCGAUAAAGAACGUGAAAUUAUCCUGGAGGUCCUUGGCCGUGACGAGCGCCUGAGACGGGAUCAGCAGCUCAGGAUUAUGCACUUGAAAGCCGAACUCCAAAACUUGCGAAGAAAGGGCGCUUUGCGGCCGUCGGCUGAUUGGGACAGCACAGGGCCGGAUCCUGAUCGAUCCUGCGGCCGCUGUCGCGUGGAAUUGGGUCGAGUGAUCAACCGAGGGGCCUACUGCCCGGCCUGUAGACUGAAAGUGUGCAAGGGAUGCAGGGAAUACUCAUUAAGGACAACCGACUGGGUCUGCACCGUCUGCCACAAACACAUGGAAAUCCAAGCCGCGUCUGGUGAGUGGAUGAACGAGUUCGUGCGAAGGCCCAGCAGGAGACGGGACAACAGGGUUUAUGUGCCGGCUGCUGACAUCAUCAAGCGCACAAUACGCCGAUCAUGGACCAUCUCCAACCCGACCCCUCGCUGGUCGGCCCUGCGCGGCUCCCCCGAACUGCGCCCUUACAACAGCCUGCCCCGGGGCCAAGACAUCAACAGCUACCCCUCGUUAGCGCUCCACAAAGCCAACAGCCAGGGCUGCGACCGGCCCAACGAAGUCACCUCAUCCCCAGCCCGCCUGCAUCCCGCCUGUCGCCGCACUCAAUCCGAAGACGUUUACAACGAACGACCGAACUCACCCCAGAAACCCUCCGAUACUCCCGACACCGCAACCAAACGACCGACUCGCGUAAACCCGCUGAUGCGUUUAGGCGAGAACAAACAGUCUUCGCAAAAAGCGAACAAGUCUCCUCGGCGAAAAUCGCAAGCGAAGAACGAAACGCCCGAAACCGAGGAGGAGACGAAGAAAAGCGCGGAAAAGCGCGUCAGCUUCGACAGCAACGUGACGGAUAAUGCCGAAGAGGCGAAAGGACAGAGGAAACCGUCGCUGAAAGAGGAGGAAGCGGCGGUGCCUGAAGUCCAUUUUGCGAAGGAAGAAACAACCCCUGUGGAGCUGUGCGAUAUCGAGCCGCUGAGUGGCACCGUCUUCCGGAAAGUGACGGUCCGGAGAAGGCGUCAAGAUAUGAGGAAAAUACAAACGGUGGAUACAGGUUGGCGCAGAGGUCCCGAAAGCGAUCUCUUCGACAUUCUUCUGCCGGAAGGAGACGAUUACAAAUUAGUGUUUAUAAGCUCGGAUAGUUCUUCUAAAGAAGAAGACAUCGACGAUAACGAUAGCUCGUCCACCGCCUCCAGUUUUCCCAUCGAUGAGUGUGACUGGGAUUACUUCGAGCCGGGCAGUGGGGCGCGUCCUGUCCUGAACUGGGGCUCCCCCUUCGGGUCCCCCAUCGUCUACCGGCGGUCCCGGGAGUCUGACACCGGCACCGACGAGGACACCGCCCGUCUGGACUCCCCGGCGUCCUCCCGCGAUGACGAGCUCCUGGAGCAGCUACGCAGCGACCGCGCCAUGGACGAAGUAGCCCUCCAGUGCGUGCACCAGGUGGAGGAGGCGGCCAGACAGCCCUGUCAGAGCUGCGGCGCCCCCACGCAAUAUAUUCCGAUCCCGGUUCCGGUGCCGAUCCCGUUUCCGGUGCCCUGGACGCCCCAGGAGGCACUGGUGCUCUACGGAGCGGAGCAGAACGCCCGAUUACGGCUUCCGCGCAAUUUACUGGCCCUUAUCUGGCCCCUACUGAACGCUGCUGAGUCCGCCCCACUGCACUCGCUUCUUCGGAGCGAUGCCAGUAUGCCGGCGGUUUCCGAGCAAAAUAGCGAACAGCCUCCCGGACCCAGUGAUGAGAAAAGCACCCCGGAGGAAGUGGAAAUUUCCGGGUACGUCGAGGCUGAAACAAGAUGUGCGUCCUCCUCGGAUUCCUCAAGUGAUAGUGACAGUGAUAAGCCACGUGUGCACCGGGUCUAUAACGUAAACGGGGGUGAUAGUCGAUCGAGUGAUGAUGCGCUGCCUAGCAGCAACGUAACGAGUGAUUGCGACGAAGAUGACGGCAGGAAUUCACACAGUUCCGUGCGUGAAGAUGACAUGUCGUCUUCCGGCUCGGCUGAUACCGACAGUGAUGACACCGGAACGGUGGCCGACCAAAAACCUAAACGCUUCUCACGCACGUUUGUGGUCAACAAGAACGUCUCCUCCUCAUCUAACGAAAGUUCGUCCAGUAGCGAUGACACCUCCGAUAACGACACCGAUACAGAAAUGGACUGUACGGUAAUACUGACCAAUAUUAAACACCUGAGUGAAGAUGUAGUUUACGAAAGUAACGGCGAAAAUCCCCCAAUUGAAACGACGGGCGAUAAAAACGAUAACGAUAACUUAUCCAACUGUGAUAAUCUCCAAAUAAACACCACCGAAGCCCAGCAAACGCCUCAAAAUUUGGGCGAAUACGCGUCUUCGAGUCCGGGUUUGUCCGACGUGAGCGCCGAGUCGCUGAAUUCGAGCGACGUGGAGCAGGUCCGGAGCUAUGAGGAUGCGAGUCCGGUGGUAAAAUCGGAAGUGUCGCCAGGCAAUGACCACUCCGGUGAAUGGAAAAGCAGCGCGGGGAUCCGGUCUAGCGAACCCGUUAACGUAGUGGGGGAGUCGGUGAACACGCGCGGCGACGGUGAGCGGGCAGGUGCGCUAGUCACCGGAGAACCGGACUUUUGCACGUCACGUCAUGCCGCUCGCUACACUAGCCUCGUCAUGAUAACACAAGAACCCGCCCCUUCCUACCAGCAGGUCAGCGUCAUCACGUCCGACACCACCACCCUAGUGCCCGACAACGACGUCAUUGUCAGGCACACCAACUGGCAGGAGAAGAGCGAGGACUUCCCCGAGGGACGACCAGCUGAUAAUCAGAACCAACAUGGAGAGAGCGUUACGGUGAUAACUGGCGGCGAGACCCUUUCAGCUUUCGAGGAGGGCUUGGCCGAUGACGAUUCCUGGGUCGAGAAUCUAAGUCACGACGAAGACGAUUCUCCGACAGACGACUCCACCUCCGGAGAAGAAGUUACUUUGACUUGUUCCGCAGCUAUCGAUCAAGAAGAUGAAUUGCGGGGUUAUCACCGCUCAGCGAUCGAUUUUACUUUACACACAAUAGUCGAAGAGAGCUGUGAGGAAAGUGAAGUGGAACAGUCGCUAACUAACAAAGACCAAAAACCCACUUUAGCGACAGACCUAGAAAAGUACUUCUUCUUCCGACUGGGAGAUGGAACGACACAAUCGAUUAAUUCGAACCGCGAAGAUGCCUUUUCGGAAACGAGCAGUAUAUGUAGUGAAGGGUUGGAUUCGCUAGGUGGGUCUGAAGAGCCCCCGCAGCAAAGCGAUGCCGAUAUGGCUGAUAUGGCGUCCUCCCGCCUGGAGAAAUAUUUUCUCCACGGGUUCAUGGGUUUUACUGCCGGGCGGAGAGAUUCCGAUGGCAGCGUUGGGAGUGAUAGUGAAGGAAGGCCCAGUCCCGAGCAAAGGCGCAAAAGACUGGUCAGAGCUCGAGGAACGGGCAGAUCUCAUUCAUCUUCGUUAGAUAAUUUAUUAGCUAAUCCGGACUUGUCAGGAAACGACCAAACGAGUGAAGUACAAAAUUCGGAAAAUUCCUCAAGUUCUGACUCCGACACGUACGACGAAUCGAACAAUUUUGAAAAGUCGGACGGUCAGUUUGACACAGUUAAGCGAAAGAAAGGCAAAAAACAGAAAAAUUCGAACUCGGUCGAUGACUCCUCCAAAGGUCUAGAGACGACACAAGAAGUUAACGAGAUGGAAAACGUUUCUGAAGAAGAUGAGGAGGGUCAUAAAACACCGCAACCGGAAAUUUUACCACUACCGUCCAAUUUAACUACUAAUAAAAACCAGCAAAGUAGAGAUAGCGGGUUUAUCGGCAGCUGUGAUGAUUUACUAAAAGAGCAACGCGAGAAUAGUACACCCGAAUUGCCAAAUAAGCACGAGUUAAAAUUAGAGUUGGAGAAUAUCACCGAAGAGAAGAAAAUUGAUGGGAAAUACACGCCCUUGUCGACCCCUCCGGCAACAUCACUGACACGGAAAGAUAGUUUUAACAACUGGAGUUCGGACGAAGAGACGAACCUAAUGAUGUGUAAAAUGAGACAGUUUUUCAAAUCAAUGGUGGCCAACUCUCAGUGUAACGCGUCUUCCAAACCUACCACCCCCACACUAAACUCGCGUGCCUCCCCUAAACCAGUUCCUAGUCCCCGAGUGAAAAAUCGGUGCAAACCCCCGCAGUUAGUGUAUUUCGAGAAUGAAUUAACAAGGCUGAUGAAAACAGUUCCCGGUAUACGAGACGAUCAAGUUCGCGAAAUCGUAGAAUAUUUGAGUAGUGAGGACACUUGGAGUGAUUCGUACGAUUCCUCCGACUACACCAGUUCGGACUUGGAAGGAACAACCACCAAGACCGCCCUCCAGCAGCAAAUCUCCGACAGUUGUAAACAAAUCAUCAACAAGUUCGACACCGGCGUCGACGACGAAGAGGGCGACGAAGGUGACGGAGGAAUUGUCGAUGAGUCCCACGGUUUGAAUCGAGAGACUGCCUUCGUAUACCAAAAAUUAGUAGCGUCGUUUGAGAAAAUGGCAACUGGAGACAACUCCGACCAUAACACGUACACGCCACAUAACUCACCGCCUCUCAUCGCCAAGGUUAUGCAUCACAUCGGAAGUCGAUUAGUCGCCUUGAUGCAUGAAGUGUCCAGUGGGGAAAGUCACGCAAGCAAUAGCCCGAAAACGCGCCAUUACCACCGACGGUUGCAACAGAAACUGUCCUCAGCUUCGACCACCACAACAGAGGACGACGACAGCACCUCCGAUAGCAACCUCCCGGACGCUCUGGGACACCUCGAGGAGACGCUACCGCCGUAUAACCUACUACCACGGAGUCGUUCCCACGACCUCCUCGUCGGCGAAUCCAAAACCCACCACCAGUCCAGCAGCGGGGUGUCGGACAUCGCCGAAGAGCGUGGUGAAAUAAGUGAUUGUGAGCGUUUCAGCUGGCGCGGUAGUUUCGAAUCGGCUUUGCUAGCCACCGAUUCCCGAAAUAAACUGUCUUUGCUCGGGGGCGAGGGCUCCGCUUCCGCCUCGGCCCUCGCAAUCGCUGCCAAGCGCCGCUCAGCCGGCGAUCUCCUCUUUAGCCACAAAAGCCUCAGUCGGGAGCAGCUAGACAGGGUCCGGAGCUGUGGCAGCAUCGGAGGCGCAAACAGUGAGGAUAAGCUAUGGGUGGCUUCCACCACCAGACCAACCCGCCGAAGGUCCAGUGUCCCUGACGCCACGUGCGGGUCGGGCGGCUCGGCAGACGGGGAAGAUGACGAUGAGGAGGACAUUGAAAGCAGGUCCACUUUGCCCAGGAGUUUGCAAAGUGGGGCUGCGACCACCAACUCCCUGCCCCGUCUUCCGACCAACACCCCACCCACCAGCAUGCAGAAAGCACAAAGCAUGUACCAUUUCCUACCACCCAAUGCCAAAAGUGCCCGGUAUCGGCCGCCGGGGUUCAGCAGACUUAUUACCACGGUUCCUAAACGCGCGGUUUCUGCUCCGGGGUUACAACCGACGCACCAACGACGCGGUCGACGAUCUCAACAACACAAUGUUCCUAGUGAUGAUGUCAGUAUAUCAGAAGCACAUUCAUCACCCAUGCUCACAUCGCGAAAUGGGAGCAAAAGCGCUACUCCUAGUCCAGUUGCCCCCGGUUCCCGAAGAGGAACUGGAUCCGUUUCCAGUCAAGAUUGGUCCAAUGUUAACGCAGACGACGACAUCGACAGGCUUGUGGUCAUACACCAGACAAGGAGCAGUUUGUCAAGCCUGGGGAUGCGGUCAGACUCUAUGGCGAGCGUGUAUUCAGGGGCGGGCGAGGGCCGUUACGGCACCGUGACAGUCCGAGGCCAAGUGGAGUUCGGUCUCCAGUACAACUACAAAGCCCGAGCUUUGGAAAUUUUAAUAAAACAGUGCAAGGAUCUGGCGCCUGUGGACGUGAAACGGAACCGCUCCGACCCUUACGUCAAAGUCUACUUACUGCCCGACAAAUCGAAAAGCGGGAAACGAAAAACGAAAGUUAAAAAACACACUUUGAAUCCCGUUUUCGACGAAACGCUCAAGUUCCACAUUUCGCUGAACGGGUUAGAGACGCGGACGUUGUGGCUAACAGUGUGGCACUCGGAUAUGUUCGGGAGGAACGAUUUCUUGGGGGAGGUCAUGAUGACUUUAGAGAAUAAAGUUUUUGAUGAUCCAACCCCCAAGUGGUACAACCUUCAGGAGAGGACCGAGCCUUUCGACGACAUGUUAUCAUUCAAAGGUGAUAUCAUUGUCUGUCUGAAGUUUGUUCCACCCGAUAUGACGGUGCACAAGAAAGGGAAGAGGUCGAGGGGCACCUUACAUGUCUUAGUCAAGGAAGCGAAGUGUUUGACUGCGGUGAAAGCGAACGGGACGUCCGAUCCUUUCUGCAAAAGCUAUCUCUUGCCUGAUAAAGGGCGCAGUUCGAAACAGAAGACUCCGGUGGCGAAAAGAACUGUUAAUCCGGUUUGGAACCACACGUUUGUCUACGACGAUGUGACACUGCAAGAGUUGGCUGAACGGUGUUUGGAGUUAACAGUGUGGGAUCAUGAUCGAUUAGCGAGUAAUGAGUUCCUAGGUGGUGUGCGAUUUUCAUUAGGCACUGGUAAACAUUAUGGUAAGUCCGUCGAUUGGAUGGAUGCAACCGGGAAAGAGUUAUCCUUGUGGAAAAGCAUGCUGGAGAGACCGAAUUUUUGGGUGGAAGGCUGUUUGGCCCUUAGGCCGACUUUGGACACACGUGCGUCGUAACAAAAUACUCAACAAUACUGACAUAUCUAGGGUUUUGUAAUAAAGCGUUCUUGCGUUAUUUAGUAUGUUUUCCAAAUUUGUACAUGGGUUAAAAUGUUAAUCAUUUUUAUGAUGUAAGUAAAUUUUUACUAGUUACUUAUUGUAUACCUUAAUAUAGGUAACCAAUUCUAACAAACUGAUAUAUUUUCAUAUUAUAUAAAUAAAUAGAUGUUUUGUACCGUGAA